AUGCCGAAUAUAAACGAAUACGAAACAGAUAUAAGUGGUACGGUCGCUGAUGAAGAGGUGGAAGCAAAACUCAAGAAACUGAAAAACAGAAAAUCACCAGGACCGGACGGCAUCCCAAAUGGGCUUUUAAAAUAUGGAGGCCCCAAACUUGCAAGGAAACUAGCGCAACUAUUUGACAAAAUCUUGAACAAAACGGAAACACCAGACGAAUGGCAUAACAGCAUCACCAUACCUGUAUUCAAGAAAGGGCUAAAAACCUGCCCAGAAAACUAUAGAGGAAUAACUCUCUUGAAUACGGUAAUGAAAAUUUUCACGAGUAUUCUCAAGGAUAAACUGCAAACACAAAUUAAGAAUGCUGAAGAACAACAGGGCUUUACAAAGGGACGGUCAAUAACAGACGCAGUGUUCAUAAUAAAACAAAUAAAAGAAAAGGCUACAGAGUACAAUAUGCCAGCGUAUAUCUGCUUCAUUGACCUAACAAAGGCGUUUGAUAGGAUCCGGUUGGGAGACAUUUUGCAUAUAUUGAUGGAAAAUAAGGCACCAGCAAACAUAACGAAGAUAAUUCAUCAGCUAAAUAACAAUAACGUAACAAAGGUCAAAGUAGGAGUUCAAUUCACUGAAAAUAUCCCAUCAACGGGAGGAAUUAGACAGGAAUGGGCAACAAAAGGUAUGGUAUGCUACGGCGAUGAUGCAGCAAUCAUCGCCGAAUCAGAAAACGACCUACAGAGACAACUCUUCCAGUUCUUCUUGGUAAGGCACCAACUCAAUAUGAACAUUUCUAUCAACAAAACCAAAUGUAUGACAAUCGCGAAGGAUCCGCUCAGAUACUUAUCAAGUACCCACAACCCAGUUAAAGACCUAAAAAGCCAGAUUAACAAAGCAUCCGCACUAUCAGGAUGCCUACGAGAUAUAGUCUGGUCCAACUCGUACAUGCGCAAAAAUAGCAAAAGUAGAAUCUACAAGACUUGUAUCAGACCCAUCAUGACGUACGGCACGGAAGUCCGCGAGGACACCAACAUGAUGAAACAAAUGCUGAGGGUGGCCGAGAUGAAAACACUGAGAUCAAUAGUGGAGAAAACAAGAAGAGACAGAGUAAGAAAUACAGAUGUCAAAGAGCAAUGCGGGAUACAAGACAUUGUGAGAUGGGGAAGACAACGUAAGAGGCAGUGGUACAACCAUGUAAGACGAAUGGACGAGAACAGACUUCCGAGAAUAGUCCUAGAAAACAACCCGCCCAGCUCAAGGCCUCCCGGGAGACCACCUAAAAGGUGGAAAGAUAGUUGGUAA